UAUGCGACGUUCACGCUAGGAUUUUGACGCGCUCGACUUUCGCUCUUAACAAAAUGAAGUUUCGGACUAUCUUUCUGUUUUCUUUGGGAUGUCUUUUUUCAUGCAUGUUACUAGCGUCAUGUGAAGAUAGCAUGUCAGAGGUCUCCGUGAACGAACGCCAGAAGAGAGACACUCGUCGUCGACAGUCCGCCAACAGCAACGAGAGCGACGACCAGGAUGAUGAUGACGACGACGACGCGACGAGGAAGGAAUACUCCCGGCGACUAGCGCUUCAGCAAGUCAUAAGGAAACUUCGAAAAUUACCCUUAUCGAGGAGACAGCUUAUUAAACUCGUCAGUCGUCUACGAACUUACAAAAAAUCCAACAAACCGAUUACAAUGUCUGUUUUAAAGGAUAUAAUGAAGGAAGUGGUAGCAACGAAGAAGAAGGCCCCUGGGGUUAAGAUCACAACCAUCGCUGCUAAGCCGUCAACAACCACAAAACCCCCGACCACGAAGGCACCGACCAAGAAUCUACCGUCUAUUACUGAUGGCCAGUUAGUGUCCGUUCAGAAAGCGCCAAAGAAACCAAUAAAAGCGGAAGCCCCAAAAACGAUCCAAGUUGUACAAGCACCAAAGCGGCCUAUACCUAACCAGUCAGUUAGACCACCUGUGUAUAGUCCGCGGCCUAUACCUAACCAGUCAGUUAGACCUAUACCUAACCAGUCAGUUAGACCUAUACCUAACCAGUCAGUUAGACCACCUGUGUAUAGUCCUCCAGUUAUCAGCAAACCAGUUACUCCACAAGUACAGAAACAACAUCAGGUGAUAAGCAAACCAAUUCCUCCCCAGAUAAGCAACCCGUAUAUUCCUCCCCCUAAAGCCCAGCCACCGGUCGUUAAAGUUCAGAUUUCACACCCCCCUCCCACACCUCCUGUUGUCGUGGUUACCAAAGUGAAAAGCGAUGUAAAGGUUGUACCAAUGUCUGAUGGUAGCAAUGUACCAGUGGAUACCCGGAUAACACCGGAACUUAAACUCAACAUUGAUCACAUUCCUGUUCACAUGAGAACACAGGCAUUGUUUCAAAGACUAAGUAUUUUAAGACAACGUUUAAAUAAUUUCAAGAAGCUUCGAGAACGACAAAACACUGCGAGAGAACCUGUUCCAACAGUCGUGAAAACCUCUUUAUCGGGUAGUGUGAAUACAGCUUCUGCCCCAGUUGUUAGCAAACCAAAAGAAUCCUCUGUUACAGCAGUGGCGUACUCUGCACCCGCCCCUCCCAAAUCUUUUAGUCUGUCAUCUCCAAGCCAGGAGAAGGAUGUCCCUUACAUUACAAAAGACCAAGCUCAUAGUGUUUUGCAAACAAAAACCAUCCAUACAUCACCAGGUGGUAUGGGAAUGUUGAAAUUGUCGUCUCCCCCAAUGGCACCUUCUGUGACGUCUGCUGAAAUGACACACGAUGAAUCCAGUCGAGUAAAAAAGAUCAUCCUAGUGAUUCAGCGUCUUGCGUCUCGAUCUGGAAGCAAAAAGUUAAAAGUGUCUUCAAAAGCGAAAGAACUUCUUAUAAAAUGGGUCAGGAAAUACAAAAAUGCAAUCAGUCAAAUUCCCAGUAAACCUAUAAACACUAAAACACCAUUGCACUAUGAAUUGAAGCAUAUGCCUGUAGAUCAAGUCGGAACGAAAUCUCUGCACAGCAAUAUCCCACUUUCGUCAACAGCAGAGAUGGCAAAUCCCCAAAUGAUGGAGAAUGAUAUCAUAAAACAAAAAAUAAAGAAAUCCGACAAAGGCAGGCACAAAUCCUUAUUACCUAUGGUUGAAAGCAGUAAAGAUACUUAUAUUUCUGAUUCAGCUCUGGCGAAAAGUCAUUUUAAAUCUGCACCAAAAACAUCGUCAGUUCAAGACAUGACUAAUAGUAAGAACUCUCAGCAAACAGUUGUAGAAAAUUCAAAAUCGGCCAUAAAUGCCCCUGUUCCUUCUAUAGUUCUAGAGAAAAAAGAAAAAAUAUCAGCGAUCUCAAAGCAGAAAUCUCAUAGCCUAAAGCAAAAUGAAAUAGAGCCUUUGGAUAAUGAUAUAAAAAUAUCAACCAGUGACAGCAAUGCAAACGUAAUGAUAGAUUCAAAUAUAGAAAAGGCAAAGAUAGAAAAUGUAAUAGAGGAAGCCCCCGAACAUAUACACGCUACUUUCUUACCCCCAGUCAUCGAAGAUCCUGCUCUAAAAGAAUCAAACAAAAUAGAGGAAGAAAAUUUUGAAAAUUCAUUUAACACACAGAAAGAAAAGACCGCAAAAGCCGGCCUAUCUAAUACUAGUCCCUUAAUAUCUGCACCAGUGGUCCAAUCUGAGGUCUCCAAUGUACCUGAAACACCCCUAACAUCCAAAGGGUCUAUUACAAGCCCUGUCAACAAUGACCAUAUCUCAGCUAAUGUAAAAACUACUUAUCCUGAUUUAAGCAGUUCAGACACCGUUAAAACAAGUAUCCCUGAGCUCAGUGCUAAUGAGGAAAUAACUAGUGACCCCUACAUACCUCUUACAGACCCAAAGUCGUUAGGUGAGAUCAAAUCAGUUCUAAGUUCGAAAUCGGAUACCCUCUCAUUAGAUGUCCCAACAGAAACAAAUUUGAUCCCGCAGACAUCUUUUAAGGUUGCCUCUGAAUCAAAACUUGACCAAUCUCCAUACAAAAAGCUGCCCUCUGAAAACUUUGAAAAUGGAAAUCAAAUUAAAACCGUCACAGAUCAUCUAAUUGCCAAACCAGCCGAGCAAAAUUCAGAAUCAAACAUUACCCCACUUUUCCAAAAACAAUCUCAAAACACCUUUUUCAAAAACGACAUUGUUAACAAAACUCCUGUUGACACAGUUUCUGUAGAUAGCAAUCUAAUUCAAACAUCAAGGCAAAAUCCGGUUAAAAGUCUCGACGAACCAAACAGUCUGCCAGUAUUUCAGCAAGUUAGCAGAAAUACAUUUUCGGAGGCCGAAAAUGUCAUAACCCCGACUUAUGAAAAUGUUUUGAACAAAAACACAGAAACGCAGGUGGCACAAGCAAAUUUUGUUUUGUCUGUUCCAGAAUCUUCAAAUACAGUCCCUGUGUUGAAGGCUUCAAAUACUAAUACAUUUGAGAUACCUGAGCCAACUAACACUAGAGCCGAAGUCGAUUCCCUGACAAAUACUGGUAGUAACACAAUUUCCAAUAGUUUAACUGAAAAUCCCAACAUAGAACACUCCCUCCCGGGUGUUAUUAUCGACACUGCUUUACUGCAAAAUACUAAUAAUCCCAAACAAUCACUUCCCCAAGACCUUAACACGAUUCAGGAAGUUCCAACCACACCAACGCCAAAAUCUAUUCAAAAUAAACUUGAGGGCAUUGCAAUAAUCCUUCCCAAUGAAACUCCAUUACAAGUGCACCAAGAAACUAAAGUUAUCGGAACUGAACCCAAGCCAACUAACUUUUUUGAUGUUAAUAGCUCACAAACUCAAAAGAACAUCAACACGAUAUUACCAAAAGAAGUACCAACUUUUGAUUUACCACCCCUAUCUUUGCACAUUCCUCAACAAUUACCCCCUCCAAGUUCAAAUGUUCAAAAUUCCAACAAGAACACACCUAGAAUUAACGUGCCAAAUAACUCAUCACCUAACGUUCAGACACAAAGGUCCAAUUUUGCCAUUCCCCGAAAUAAUGUUCCUAAUCAAAGAGCUUCCAAUUCUUUUGCCAUAUCUCAACCAAAUCAGAAAUCUGAAAUUGGCAAUAAUAGGUUUGGGAAAACAAGUUUAGAUAAAUCUGCUAUUCUAAGGAAACUUCUAGAAAUCAGGAGAAUGAGAGAACAACUUAUUGCAACAGGGCGAGUAAGCGAUCGAAGACUAUCUGACUUACUCCCUCAAUCGAGAUCUUCUUUGUCCCACCCAAGUACGUUGUCUAGACCUCAACAAUCUGCUUCUUUAUCGCAAAAUACAGUAGUUUUCUGGGGUGACAAAACUAAACCUUCUCUGACAAAUCCACUAGGAAUGUCACGAGCACACCGACGAAGGCGAAGUUUGCUCAGUCCACCAAACAUGCACGGAAAUAUGGGUCCCCACCAUCCCCAUAGUCCACAUCAUCCAUUAAAUCAGAUGUUUGUAGACACGCCUUUACAUUCUCUUUCAUACAAUAAAAAACGGGGUAAUCGCGUAGAUUUAUAUGGGGGUUUGGGAUCUCUCUCCGGUGCUCAUCAUUUUAUGGGACCAAGCACUGCCGAUAUGGCCAAUCCUGGCUCUUUGUUAAUGGGUCCUGUUCACCCAAAUGUCAUUCAGGAUAUAGGUAUGACAAAACUUGGGAGAUUUUUUCAAAAGCCUGUACACUUUACACACCAACCAGAAAUACCUAAUAUUGCAAAUGUAGUAAAUAGGAUAUUUGCCCCAGGUCGAAUGAACAAUUCUCCGCAACUGUUUGCUGGGAACUCACUAAGUACUUCGUCUGUGCAUAAGCACCACCAUAAAACUUUUCGCCCGAAUGGAUCAGUAAGAAGACCAUCAUAUGUUGCCAGAAAAUCAAUGUCUGGUUUUCCAAAGCGCCAAAAUUUCGUGGAGACAGCCCCUGUCAAACUACGGACUUCUAACACACAUGGAGUUCAAAUUACUGUAAAGAAUGACGGAUCGGCAGGGUCUCUUGCACAUCAACAAAAUCUACAAAGGCAAGGAUAUAAGCGAACCGUUGAUACAUCUUUUACGGAUAACUCCUUAUCAUUAGGAGGUCCUAAAUCUGAAAGACCAAUAUAUAACACAGUUCGGCGGAUAGUUAUAUUACCCCUACCCACUGGCCGUACGCAAGACCUAGCACAAACCAAUGAAAUCGUAAAAAAGAAGAGUCAUUAUGAUCAUAUGCAUCUUAAAAGUCAUGGUCAAAGCUUAAAAACUGGGUAUCUGGCAAAAGCCAUACCAGAAACAAAAGCUUACGAUCAACCCAACAAAACUGAAUAUAAAACUCUUAUCUUGAAUUCCCAGAGUGGAGUAGUCAAGGAAUCGAAGCCAGCAAAAAAUAUUGAAAGUAGAUUAUCUAUUGUCCCGCCGCAAAACAAUAAAAACAGUCAAAUCAAUGAAAAGAAAUCGCCAUCAACUACAACACAUGUUGCAAACCACAUGAGAACCACUCCUAUUGGAAAAUCACAGCUUCCAAAAGCAGAUAAGAAAAAAGAGUUUGGAUCUUAUGAACCAAAAUCAUCCCAUUACACAGGAAACGCGUUGUCUUUAGCUCCACCUAACUACAACCAAAUGAAAGAUUCUUCUUCAUUUGUGAAAUUUGCAUUUUCUCUCAACAGCCCUGCAUCAAUGUUCAUGAAUAACGUUGAGAGUCAACCGACGAAAGUGGAGCCCAUAGCAGCUGGAUAUUCAGGUUCAAUAUCAGCUGCUCCAAACAGCCUAGCAAGAGCUGAAGCUGGGAAAGACAAAGCAGGUCCAGCCCUAAGUGCUACACCAUACAUUGGACCUCAAAAAACGUCAAAUACUGGAAUAGUUUUUGAAGAAAUAGAUCCUUUGUCACUUACAAAUUUUAUUAUGGCGGCCAGUGAAGAUAUCAAUCAUGGACUCAGUGAUAUAAAAAUGUCAAAGGCCCCCGUAAAGUUACCAGAUAAUAGUGUAAAAAGAGGGGUGAUUCUAGAAAUUCCAGAAAAGAACGAUUUCAUUGGACAGAAUACGCAACGUGAAAAGAAAAAUAGUAUAUCAUUAGAUGCAAUCCAUUCAGGAAAGGCGAUAGUUAACCAAGUACAACAAGUAAAAAACAUGCAACCCACUACACAAUCUACACCUACACAGUCAAUAGACCUUAACAAACAAAAGAAGCAGACUCCAAACCCAACAAACAACUUUAAAUUGUCCCAAAGGAAACAAACUCCUUUUACAUUUUCUUUGUCUGGAUUAUCCAUGGGAAGUCACACCCAUUCUCCCAAAACAACAGUCUCUCAUUCAGUCAAACCUACCAUUAAACCAACAAUUGGAACACCUUUACACCAGCGGUUUGUAAAUAUGCCUUCUGGCCACCUUUCAUCGUCUCGCCGUGCGUGGAAUCAAAAUCAUGUUCAUAAACACGAAUACAAACAUAUCCAGUCUCCAUCUCAAAACACAUUUGUAAACAAUAAACAUUUGCAUCAAAAUACGAGAGAAAAUAUGUUAGUGAAAAAUCCGACAAUGGAUUCAACCAUUUUAGAUCAUAAACAGAACGACAUAGUACCCACUGCUUACCAAUAUAUAAACAAUUCACGUAUACAAUAUCAACGAAAAGAACAAUUUCAUACUACGCAUUCUAGAAAAACACAAACACCUGGAAAACCACCCUCAGGAGAUUACGUCCAUCAAGCUUCGCUGUCCCUGAGUUCAUUUAGACCAGCCGAAAAUUCCCCUGCCUACAACAUCGUCGGACAGAACUUUGACAAUAAAGACAAGUUUGCUCCUCCUUAUGGAAAGAUUGUUCGAAAUGACCCUUCAAUGAUUAUUCAAACAGCUCCAACGAAACCCACCAGCCGCUCUGUAGUACAGGGGCCAACGACCCCAAGCUGGCAGUCCCGAAAUAACAAUGUUCAACAUCAUCAACACACCCAACAAACGAUUGGAAAGAUAGGGCAUUACCACAAAGAGCCGGCUAUUGAGGUGCAAGGAAACAGUCUUACUCAAACGUUUUCUAAUCAGUUAAAGAAACAUUCCAAUCAAAUUUAUAGUCCAAGCCCAUCAAGCUUUAAACACCAGGGACAGCGAAUAACACAGCCAUCAUCAAGCAAUGUGAACCCUGUCACCAAUCUUUCCAAAUCAAGUGGUACACACGGUACCCUAAACGCUAUGGAAACAUCUAAUAAACCUAUACAAUGGACACCCUCAAACUUAUUAGCUUCAAAUAAAGCGAAUCCAGGAUAUAAACCUGUGAAACAGAAUCCGAUGGUAAGGUCUGGUUUUGCUGUUUCAAAACAUGCAUCGUCAAAUUUUAACAUUGGCACGCAACAGUCGCAUCACAACCAGAAGACAUCCCAACGUCUUGUGCGACCAACUCAUCCAAGUAAAUUAAGUCAAAAUUCGUCAAAAAAUGUUGCAAGCACCGGCCAGCCUAACGCGGGAACAACCACGCUUAAAACAAGACAACAAGUUGGACUAAAGCCACCACAAAAUGUACGCCAUAACUCACAUAACAGGAUCCAACAACAACCAAGACAGAAUCAAGGUCAGCGUUCUCAGCGCGUUCCUAGUAACAACAAAAUCAACACAUUCAGUCGUAAGCAACCUCCAGACACGCCAAUUGCUUCACGAAAUUAUCCUCAUUAUCACAAUGCUCCUCAGCAUUACACAAAUGUUAACCAAGGUUUACAACAAAACUCGCAACAUCGUCCUCCCGGCCAAAACGCGAUUCAAAACCAUGGCAAUAGCGGCAAAGGAUUGAAAGACAUAGACAUAACUAAAACAAAUCCUUUUCAACAACACUCAACUCAUCAUGGCGCGGUUGUUAUUUCUCAACACACAGGCCAUAGCACAGAACCUAGAAUGACACAACGUCUACCAGCUCAGAAACAAACAUACCAGACGACGCCGUUACCGAUCCAACUGAACACUCCGAGUACCACAAAGAUACCUGUCUUUGAUACCGGAAACGACCAUUUCUCUAUCAGUCCUCAGUUGUUGGCUUUAAUGCGACAACUGCCGGUUGGUGAUUUACCACAUCACAAGAAAAGAAGGUUAGAGAAAAUUCUUGGGGUGGAGAACGGACAGCUGGAUGGAAACACGCCCGAACAAGAGUCCGUGAUAGACAAUGUCAUCCACGAGAAGAGCAUUCAGACCGGCAAAGCUAGUCGUUUCGAAGUAAGCCAACAAAGGCUAGCGUCCAGUAAUGCCCAUUAUGUUCAACCUUCGUCCUCAAUCACCGGAAAUUCGAACACGAGGAAAAAUCUCGGGGAUUUCUUUAUCCCUAAAAGAGCAGCAAACAACCACAUGCAGCCUAAAUAGACGUAUGGUCGAGAAGAGAUUUGUAACUUGGGAUUCAGGGUUUAUCUUCGAGUGUAAAAUAAAGUAUUUAUUUUAAACUGCUUUUACUUUGUACAGUUGUAAUCAAAUUCUUUCAUUAUGAGUAGCAUGUUUAUUCAUUCACUUCAUUUGUCAUCUCAUUAUUCAAUUUGAAAUAUAUCAUGCAUUGUUUUUAUUAAUCAUAGUAUUGUACUUUUAUAGAAUUUCACCCGUAAUAAAAUACUGAAUGAAGCAAUAUUUCUUGGACGUACAUGUAUCCAAAUUAUGGUUUAAAUUACUAAAAUUUGUCAGGGAAAGUUACAUUCAUCCUACUUAAUUUCAAUCUUUUACACGUUCUAUUUACACAAUUUCAUACAGGCAUUUUUAAAUAUAUUCAGUCAGUGCUUACUAUCUACUCAAGAUAUAUUACUAAAGUCAGGGACUCUUUACACAAUUGCG